AGCGUGCCUACGCCGACGUACUCGGGGUACUCCGACGGGAAAUCGGUGCACGAUUUCCUGCAGGAUUUAGACGCGUACGUAACCGCUUUGGGGGCAUCGGACGCAACAGCCCUGCUGCAGAUCGUGCCGAUUGCACUGACGGGCGACGCCGCGCGUUGGAGACGGCUGCAAACGCCGUUCCAAUCAAUGGCGGACUUCCGGGCGCGGUUUCGGGAGGAAUUCCUUCCUCCCGACUACGAGAUGCGGAUUCGCGACGAGCUGGCGAGCCGCACUCAGCACCCGGAUGAGAGCCUCGUGGAGUACGUCCGUGCACUCCAGGAGCUCUACUCGCGGGCCGAACCCUCCGCGCCUAACGCGGAGAAAGUAGCGAGGGCGAUCCGCCAGUGCCACCCCAGAUUUAAGGCGUAUCUUCGAGGACGCGAUUUCGCAGACCUCGAAGCACUGGCGAGAGAGGCGCGCACGGUUCAAGCGGGAUUGCUCGCUGAGCUGCAGUAUCGGCCCCCUCCAAGAGCCAAGGAGUCCUUGGAGCCGGGUUGCGCGUGGACGGGACGCGCCGCGGACGGUUACGUCGAGUCGCAGACGGCGUACGUGGCCGUCGCGGAUCGCGGGAAUGGCGGAGCCAUUCCACCUCGGGCCCUCGACCCAUUCGGCUUCGAGCAAAGGCGCAGGGUAGCCAGCGCACACUCAGCCGGGGCGCAACCCCGUAGGGGGGGCGGCGCGGUCGAAUACCGCGGAGACGUGACGCGUUACGACGCUCGCGGCAGCGACAACAGCGCUCGGCGAGGCGGCGCGCCGCGUGCCGUUAGCGACAGAUCAACUGUAGCACGCGACGACCGCGCCCAAGUCAGGUGCUUCAGGUGCCACCAGCCUGGGCACAUCAGGCGGCAAUGCACGUGGGCAGCGGCCGAAUCCGGAUACUCGGAAAACGCGCGGGGCCGGCGCCUGUAA